AUGGCAGAUACUGAGAGCAACCACAAGCGUGACUCGAGCUCGGACAGCUCGAGCACCAAGUUCGAUGAAACCCAUGCCCAAGAUUUUGCCAACACUGGCUUCCAGCCCAUCACCACCAGCCACACUAGAAGCGCGUCACAGCCCACCGGAGAGGAGCUCGUCAACCUUCCCUCCCGAACCCUGAGUCACGAUGCCAACCUGGAAGAAUACACCCAAGAGACCACGGAGGGACACAUCCUCAAGACCGUCAAGUCCAACAAGACGGGCAACCUCGAACGCUAUGAACUUGUCACGUGGAAGAUCGAUGACCCCGAGAAUCCCAAGAACUGGAGCAAAGCGUACAAGUGGUGGUGCACCAUGUGUGUGGCGUUCACCUGUUUCGUCGUCGCGUUGAACAGUUCGGUCAUCACCGCGGAUAUCGAGGGUCCGGCAAAGGAGUUCGGCGCUUCCAGAGAAGUCUCCCUCUUGGCCAUCACCCUCUUCGUUGUCGGCUUCGGCGUCGGACCCAUGGCUUUCGCCCCGCUCAGCGAGGUCAUCGGCAGGAAACCAAUCUACGCGUCUACCCUGCUCGUCGCCUUCCUCUUCGUCUUGCCCGGCGCUCUUUCGAAAAACAUGGCAACUCUCCUCGUCGGUCGUGCUAUCGACGGCAUUGCCUUCAGCGCCCCCAUGACCUUGGUCGGCGGUACACUCGCGGAUCUCUGGAAGAACGAGGAGAGAGGCGUUCCGAUGGCAGCCUUCAGUGCAGCACCAUUCAUCGGCCCCGCGAUCGGUCCCUUGAUCGGUGGCUUCCUCGCCGACAACCUCGGCUGGCGAUGGCUGUACUGGAUCCAGUUGAUCCUCUCCGGCGCAGCCUGGAUCCUCAUCACGUUCACCGUGCCCGAAACCUACACGCCCAGUCUGUUGGCCAAGCGUGCGAAGAAGAUGAGGAAGGAGACCGGGGACGACAAGUACGUCACCGAGGAAGACCUGGACAAGCGCCCGUUCAGCGAACGCAUUUCCAUCUUCUUGCUCCGCCCGUUCCAGCUCUUGUUCCUUGAGCCCAUCGUGUUCUUCAUCUCUCUCUACAUGAGCGUUUUGUACGGAUUGCUGUACAUGUUCUUCGUUGCAUACCCCAUCGUCUUCCAAGAGGGCAAGGGCUACACCGCAUCAACUACCGGCCUCAUGUUCAUCCCUCUCGCCAUCGGUGUCAUUGCCAGCGCGGUGUGCUCUCCGUGGGUCAACAAGCACUACCUCUACCUCUCCGCCAAGCACAACGGAAGGCCCCCGGCGGAGGCCCGCUUGUGGCCGAUGAUGGCGUCUUGCUGGUUCAUUCCGAUCGGACUGUUCAUCUUCGCCUGGACCUCGUACCCCCGCAUCUCCUGGUGGGGUCCCGCGAUGGGCGGCUUCCCUGUCGGUUUCGGUUUCAUUUUCCUGUACAACGCCGCCAACAACUACCUCGUCGACUCCUACCAGCACCAGGCCGCCUCAGCGCUGGCUGCCAAGACGUUCAUCCGGUCGUUCUGGGGUGCUGCCGUCGUGCUCUUCACGGAGCAGAUGUACGAGCGCCUUGGAUACCAGUGGGCGUCGACGCUUCUGGCGUUCAUCGGUCUCGCCUGCUGCGCCAUUCCCUUCGUCUUCUUCUUCAAGGGUGCUGCCAUUCGCCGCCACUCGAAGUUUGCGUACAGCGGUGACGACGAGGAGAACCAAAACGAGAAGGGCGUUCCUGCCGCCGACCAUGCCCACUAA